AAAGCUGCGCUGGCUGCCCGCGGAGGGGAGGUUGCAGAGCGAGGGCAGGAGGUGGGUGCGGCGCGAUCGGGGGCACGGGACUCAGGGACAGCCGACGAGGGGACGCGGACCCACCUGGGCAGCUGACUUAGCAUAAAAGGACUUCUCAGCACCUCAGCCUCCUGCCAUGUCUGACCCCAUCACACUGAACGUUGGGGGGAAACUCUACACAACCUCCCUGGCAACCCUGACGAGCUUCCCUGACUCCAUGCUGGGUGCCAUGUUCAGUGGAAAGAUGCCCACCAAGAGGGACAGCCAGGGCAACUGCUUCAUUGACCGUGAUGGCAAAGUGUUCCGCUACAUCCUCAACUUCCUGCGGACCUCCCAUCUCGACCUGCCUGAGGACUUCCAGGAAAUGGGCCUGCUCCGCAGGGAAGCUGACUUCUAUCAGGUACAGCCACUGAUUGAGGCACUGCAGGAGAAGGAAGUGGAGCUCUCCAAGGCCGAGAAGAACGCCAUGCUCAACAUCACCCUGAACCAGCGUGUGCAGACAGUCCACUUCACUGUGCGCGAGGCACCCCAGAUUUACAGCCUCUCUUCCUCCAGCAUGGAGGUCUUCAAUGCCAACAUCUUCAGCACCUCUUGCCUGUUCCUCAAGCUCCUUGGCUCCAAGCUCUUCUACUGCUCCAACGGCAACCUCUCCUCCAUCACCAGCCACUUGCAGGACCCCAACCACCUGACUCUGGACUGGGUAGCCAACGUCGAGGGCCUGCCUGAGGAGGAGUACACCAAGCAGAAUCUCAAGAGGCUCUGGGUGGUGCCAGCCAACAAGCAGAUCAACAGCUUCCAGGUCUUUGUGGAGGAGGUGCUAAAAAUUGCUCUGAGUGACGGCUUCUGCAUUGAUUCUUCUCAUCCACAUGCUCUGGAUUUCAUGAACAAUAAGAUUAUUCGAUUAAUACGGUACAGGUAAAGAGAUGCAGCCGCCUCAGUGGGGGCUUGCAAGGAGCUCCAUGUCAGCCAAGAUCUCGGAGAAUAUCUGGCUGCUGGUAUAAGGCAGGGCACUGUACUAAUUGGUAUUAAUCACGUAGCAGGAUUUGACUCCCCUCAUGAUGAGUCCACCGUUAGGACUUGACUCCCCUCAUGAUGUGUCCUUUGAACAGAGCCGACUUUUUGCUUGCCAUUUUGAGCUGAAGACGGACAGUUUGUUAUGACAAGAGUCUGCCACUGUGUCCUAAAGGAGGCCACAAGAGGACUCUCUGAACGGACAAGGGAGCAGCAAACAGUUUUUGCAUGUCUCUCUCUAUCCUGCUAGGUAGUGCCUCAUUCUGGGGCAUUUAUAAAAUGAGCCCUGGGGGAGGGAUCCUUCCUAACUGGGCCAAAUUGAGGCAGUUAGGAAUUUCUGGCUUCAGAAAUGGGUUGCUGUCCCAGCAAAGAUUUGAUUAUCGGGAGCAAGUGCGAUGAAAGAUACCUGUCACCUUGCUCUUGUAGUCCUACCCUCAGAAUUUGAGGUACAUUGAACAAGGUCAUUUUUAACAAAUACUUUAUAGACCCUCAGGGUCAGAAAACAAUUCAGUGGCCAUUGCUCUUCCCCCACCCCCAGCAUACCCAGACACAUUUGGGCUGAGUGCCUCUACCAGCACCUCCCACUGAUCACCCAUCUAUCCCUGCUUCUUUCCCUCAAUGACAGGAAAUUUGUUAUCCCCAGGGCAGCUCUUGCCUUGGUUGCCUGGUGUUGGCUGUUAGAAAGUUCUUUCUUACAUUAAGCAAAAUCUGUCCUCUCACUCCCAUUUUAUGAUCUUGGUUCUAGACCUUCCUUCUCCCCCAAAGGUAUAUUUUCUCUUUCAAAACAAUCAUGACAGGCCAAAUACUCAUCCUGAAAAUAUUAACUAGGUUUCCCCUUUGGGACCUAUCUUCAGCAGCAAGGUUCGAUCCCUUUCAUUCCCUAGAAAUCACUGCAUCUUGUGACAGCUGUGCCUCAUCUGUGACCCCCUCCACCCCAUUUCACCCACCAUGCUUAUAGUCAUGGCUCCGCAGACGCUCUGAGGGUAAACAUUUGCUGCCCCUGCAGAGGUGCUGCUGGAGGAUAGCGACUAGGGCAGUGGGCAGCAAGGAGCCUGCAACACUGCCCACAGGGCAAGUGUCCAGCCUUCAGGACACUGCUCUGCAAGAAGUGUGCUUCCCCUGUGCUACUGUCCUGGCCCUAAGUAUCCCAUGGACCUCUUUGGGUCAGCUCCAGGGCAAGAUACUCCAAGCUAAUACUUCCCCGGGAGUGAUGAGCAGUGCGGGCCUCAGAACUGCACACUAUGAAUCAUCCCUGACUGUAUGUGGCCUUGAGAGUCCUAGAGUCUUCCUCACCGGGGUCCUGAAACCAAGCCGGGUAAGCCUGGGGACACAGGGCACCCAUGGAGGUGGCCUGAGGAAGAGGCUUUCCGUAGCUACACCUUGAGUAGGGAGCUUGUACACUGGGUCAGGGCAAGGCUGCCUCUCCCUUCAGGGGACCCAGGAGUCUCUGACAGCUUUCCCAAGCCACCAAGUCAUUGGUACUCAGGGAAGCCACUCAGGAGGACUCAGUGUGGACCAGACAGCUGUGACCACAACAGGACAGUCUAAGGAAGAAGUCUCAUCAAUCACUGCUGCCCUUCUUUCUGUUCCAUAAACAGUCUUUCACCAUCUCCUCGGUGCUUUUUACACUUUAGAGAAAGUACAGGACCUGUGAAGCUACUAAUAUGCUAUGUGACUUUCUAUAGUCACCUCACUGAGCCACCUCCAUGUCUUCAUCUGUGAAAUGGGCAUAACAGUAAUUCAUAACCCGAUCUACCUCACAGGGCUGUUGUGAGGAUCAGAUGAAAUAAUGUAUGUGAGAAUUAAGUAUAAACCAUAAGUGA